UGUUGUGUGUACAUCACGGACGGUGGGAAAUGGCGAUUAUGUCAAAACAUCGCGCUAGAUCCGAUUGCGUUUGACUCGAAACGACGACGAGGGUAUUCAUUGACGAGAUGGCUCGCAACAGCAAGAAGAAACUCGCGAUAUUCGUGGGUACAUCGAAGUGUCUCAUUUAUGCAGAAGCAAAGUUCUGUGCCUCUGAUAUUCCUGGAGAGAUAAAAUACUAUGAAUGUUCAAGAACAGAAUAUUGUUGUGCUUUUGGUUGUUGUGUGUCACCCGGAUUUCAUUUCCAUCACUUGUGGUAUUACUGGAUCCUGGUUAUAAUCAUGUUCUUGGUCUGUUCUGGUGGUGGUUGGUGGUACCGAUACUGGUUGCAAGGCAGAUACAGAGCAGCAGCUUCGGCUAUUCCAACUCGCUCUUCUACCACUAGAUCGCAAAGUUCUCUUCGUAACGCAUCUUGUCAAGCACAGCAAGCUCGUAUUACAUACAAUUCAGCGAGAAAUACCGUCCUAUUACAUCGCAUGUGGAAAGGUCCUCAGAGAAAUACAGCGGCGCCAGCAUAUAAUGGUAACGCGACCACAUCGACACACUAUCAGAAUAUGAACGUUGUAUUAAACGAUGCCAAUUGUCCUUAUUAUCAAUUAUACGGUCCUCCGCCUAGUUACGAGACAGUGAUAGCGCAAACGCGUGGCAAAAUCUCAAAUCCGGCAUCGCCAGAGUCGUCUGCCGCCCGGUUGAAUCUACAAACGGCGAAUGUGAUACCAAAUCCAAGUGUACCACAGUGUUUUUUCUAUAACUGCAAUUCUCCGGCGAGAUUGGUGGACGGUAAUUCGAGUCAAUGUCAAAGUGAUACCGCGAAUGCUCAUCAACUUGAUAGUCACGAGAGUGUUCCGUUCGCGCAUUUUUCCCAAUAUUGCACCACGAACGGUGCGGUUAGUCAAAACAUGUGCGUUCCUUUAGAAUAUCCAGAAGAACCGAUCGCGUCCGGAGGAAGUAAUUUCAGUUGUAAUUAUCAGAACAGCCCGCAUCGGUUACCGGGGUAUCCAACAGAUAGAUUGCCCAAUGUGUCGGAUGCGGAAAACGUGGCUCGUGGCUACGAGAUUCCGAAUACCGAACAUGCGAUACUUAAUAUUGACGCUGCGACCAGCAGCUAUAGAGAAUGUAAUCCUUGGCAUGAAAAUGAUCAAUCUGUACGAGUCCACGGUAAGAUUACCAUGCAGGAUGAAACUCGAACAUCUCAGAAGAGAUGCAUGACGACCACAGAUAUGCACACUCUCUUGCCUAAGGAGAGUAGAAGCGAGAAUGAAUUGAAGCGUACGUUUAACGUAAUUCCUGUGAUGCAGAGAAACUUUCCGAGAGGACGUACGAGUUAUGGCGGUUCCUUGCGAUUACCGCGUAGACACACCGGUAUCAUUUACCAAGGCGAUGGCUUCCAAAAUGUUCUCCCCAGAGAUUCGUCGAACGCUUCUCAAUGGAGCACUUUUAAUUCUGCUCAGACAGCAGCAUCCGAAGGCGCGAGUUUUCUGGAACGAGAUGCGAAUUCUUCUCAAUCAAAUCCAUCCAAUAAUGUGAUAUUAGAAUCCUUUAUUUUUGAAAAUGUGCAAUUGCCUCCAAGCGAAAAUGUCGAGGAGGCCCGCGGUCUUCGUGCAAUGAAUCGGAAUAUAAACUUUGAUCUUGAAAGUAAACACAAGUUAGACAGAUCAAAGUCAUUAGACUGAACGUAAAUUGAAAUUCUUAUUGCGCAUAUUACGCGAUGUUUAUUCUUGUAUGUCUCUACUAUUUGCGCAUAACUUGUAUAGCAAUACAAAUUUAGGAUGCCGGAUCGAGUUGCCGCUACGAAUGCUUCGAAGCAUUUUUUGAUUGGUCAAUUAGUAAAAUUUUUUCUUCCGAUUGGUUAAUCAAAUGCUUUGAAGUAUUUGUAGUGGCAACUCGACCGUAUCCUUAAUCGUUCGUUAUCAAGAUACGUUAUCAGAAUAAUCUUUAAACGGAGUUUCCGACUGUCGCGAAGAAAUAACGAUUCUAUUUUAUCAGAAAUAAUGUGGUAUCAUUUUUAUUAACACAUAUGUAUGGAAUAUUUUAUGCAGCGGUGAGUGUUUCGUAUUUACUAAUUCCGUAGUAUUGUUUUACAAUACUUUACUAUUUCUUUAAUUACCAAUUUUGACGAUUGAAUCUCGUGAAAGAUGUGUGUGUGUGUGUGUGUAUCGUUCAUUAUUAUCUCUCACACAGGAUUAGCAAAUCUAAUAUUAGACGUUAGAAUUAAUUCGCACAUUCACAAUAUAUUUGUUGCAAUUCCGAAGCUGAACUAUUUUGAUUAUCUAUUGAGAUGCUAAAUGUUAUCUCUAAGUGUGAUAGGCGAUGGUUCCAUCUACAUACGGCGGCGAAACGUCUUAUUUCUGAUACCUACGAUAUAUACUGCCAUAGAAAGAUCUUUUUGAACGUCGUGUGUCAGAUAUUAAUUUUUUUUAUUUCUACACUACACUUAACGUAAUAAGAUUAAGGUUGAAACGGUGAAAAUGAUGUUUCAAAAGCGCGGCCCAAUUUAAUCCACCUACGCACAAAAAAGAUAUCAAUCAUUACUUUAUAUGGCAAUGAUAAAUAAA